GCUUUCCCAUCCAUCAAUAGCCUCGCCGCCGCCACCCACUGAAAAUUUCCCCUUGGCAUCCAUCCCCAUCCAACCACAUAGCUCAGACCGCCUUCCUUGUUUUUCGCCGCCGUCUCCCUUCCUCGAUUUCCCCGCCGUCCCAAUCGUGCGCGCAGCCCCUUCCCUCGGUCUGCUCCAGCAGAGCGCCAGCAGCCGCGACAUCCCGCUCGCUGCACCCCCGCGUUGACCGGCGGUCUUUCCCAGUUUAGCCGCCGCCAGCUCCCGUGGUCCCGAGCCUCGCCGGAGAUGCCCAUCGUCCGACUAUAGGAGUCAUGGCGUCGUCGUUCAGGCCCGCCCCGUCGCCACCGGCCGGCAACCCGGACUGCUGCACCAUGGAUGGGGUCGGCGUUGACCCAGCCGGCUGCCUCCAAAGCACAGCUAGGUGCCGGAUCUGGACGGGAGCAAGUCAGUCAGCCCGUUCCCGCGAACUUCGCUGCAGCCCCAGCUCGCCUCCAACCGUCAGCAAGCCUUGCCGUCGCGUAUAUCUGCUGCAUCUGAAGAGUUCCGCAACGUGCCGGAUUGUGAGGACCCGUUCGACUACAUCGGUUCGUCUGCUUCACGGAGGCAUUCUUCUUCUAAGCGGGAUCUCAGCUGCAGGUACAGGUAGAGGUUUCUCGACGCGAGCGCAUUGAUUGUUCAUUUGGAGUUUCUUCUUCUUAUUCUUAUUCAUCGAUCUAGGAUGGGUUCCAGGCCGGCAGCCUGGGAUAGCAAGGAUGGACGUCGUUCUUCUUUUGUCGUUUGUUUUCGUCCGUAGUCGGACCCUGCUCUUACUCUUGAUGAUUAUGUAAUGUACUGAUGUGACUCUGAUGUAGCUUGUGUCGAGUGUAAACCAACUCUGUAUAUAUAUAUAUCUCUCUUCUUUUCAGU